GAUCAAUCUGCGUGUAUUGUAUUCUAGAACAUUCCCUUUGCUUCUAGUUCGCUCACACAGCUCAAUAAGUUUUUGCGAUCGUCACACGUGUUUUUUUUUUUUUAACAAAUACGAGUGAGGCAUUAAAUCAAAAGCCAAGGUGUGUACGUGUCGUCUCUGCAUGGAACUUGAUAUAAGUGAACAUAACCAGCCGAACCACCCUGAUUUAGAUUUAUCUAAAUAAUUGAUGUGUAUUUAGUGUAUAUGGCCCAACAAAAGCUAUCAUCAAAGGAGAUCUUUGCUUUGGAGGAUCAAUAUGGAUGCCGAAACUACGCGCCUUUACCAGUGGCGUUAUGCAGAGGAGAAGGAGUGUUUGUAUGGGAUGUGGAAGGCAAGAAGUAUUUCGACUUCUUGAGUGCUUACUCUGCAGUGAACCAGGGACAUUGUCACCCAAGAAUCGUAAAGGCGCUAAAGGAACAGGCUGACCAACUAACACUAGUGUCAAGAGCGUUUUACUCUGACCAAUUAGGAAAAUAUGAGAAAUUUAUGACAGAGCUGUUAGGCUAUGAUCGUCUGCUGCCAAUGAACACAGGAGUUGAAGGUGGGGAGAGCGCUUGCAAGAUAGCCAGGAAAUGGGGAUAUGACGUCAAGAAAAUACCAAAAGAUCAGGCAAAGAUAAUUUUCGCCGAGAACAACUUCUGGGGUCGCACGUUGUCCGCGGUGUCAUCUUCGUCGGACCCUACUUGCUACGAGGGUUUCGGUCCUUACAUGCCGUGUUUCCAGAUGAUACCCUACAAUAAUAUACCUGCUCUAGAGAAAGCCCUCCAAGAUACGACAGUAGCGGCUUUCAUGGUGGAACCGAUCCAAGGAGAGGCUGGCGUUAUAAUUCCAGACGAUGGUUAUCUAAAGAAGGUUCGAGAGCUUUGCACUAAAUACAACGUGCUCUGGAUCGCUGACGAAGUUCAGACUGGACUUGGUCGUACUGGCAAAUUAUUGGCGGUGCAACACGAGGGAGUGAAGCCGGACAUUUUAAUACUCGGGAAGGCUUUGAGUGGUGGAGUCUUGCCGGUAUCCGCUGUUUUAGCUAACAAUGAUGUCAUGGGGGUUAUAACGCCGGGUACACACGGGUCAACGUAUGGCGGAAAUCCUCUUGCGUGUGCUGUAGCUACUGAGGCUAUUAAGGUACUGUUGGAAGAAAAGUUACCAGAGAAUGCUGAGAGGCUGUGUAAGGUGUUCCGCGAGGAAUUGGAAAAGAUUCCUAAAUCGAAAGUAGUGGCGAUUAGAGGAAGAGGACUCAUGUUUGCCAUUGAUGUUCACGCGAGUAUUGGCGCGUAUGACGUAUGCCUGCGACUGAAGGAAGCCGGUCUCUUAGCGAAACCAACACACGGACAAACGAUAAGACUCGCACCACCACUAGUUAUAACGGAGAAACAAAUAAGAGAAGGAGCUGCUAUCAUACAAAAAGUUUUCCAGAAAUAUUAACAAGUUCUACAAAGUGAUGUCUUCAUAGACUUGUCUAUGGUAUAUCGUUAAUCGACUCCAGAUCGUAAUUGGUCGUUUGUAGUAUUCGGACUAAACAUUAUAUGUUAUAACUUAUUAAAAUAAAUGUAUAUUUAUUAUAAAAAAAUAAAA